AUGGGAAGAUCGCCGUGUUGCGAUCAAGACAAGGGCGUGAAGAAAGGGCCGUGGACACCGGAAGAAGAUGAAUUGCUUACCGUUUGUAUCAAUAAAAACGGCUAUGAGAAUUGGCGGUCGCUUCCUAAGCGAGCUGGACUUAACCGUUGCGGCAAGAGCUGUCGGCUCCGGUGGAUGAAUUAUCUCCGGCCUGAUAUCGUGAGAGGCAACUUCUCUGAUGAAGAAGAGAGUACUAUCAUUAAACUUCAUGCCCUUCUUGGUAACAAAUGGUCGAAGAUAGCGGGUCAUCUUCCAGGAAGAACCGAUAACGAGAUCAAAAACUAUUGGAACACUCAUAUGAGGAAGAAGUUGAUGCAAAUGGGGAUUGAUCCAAUCACACACGAGCCGAGAACCAACAAUCUUAGCCCUAUCCUCGAUGUUUCUCAAAUGCUCGCUGCCGCGAUCAGCAACGGCCAAUUUGGUAACAAUAACCUCUUCAACAAUAGCACUCCUUUGGAAGAUCUUCUCAAACUCCAACUGAUCCAUAAAAUGCUUCAAAUCAUAACCCCAAAAGCCAUACCAAACAUCAAUUCAGUGAACCCUAAACCGGACUCGGCUAUCAAUAGCUUCAAUACCAAUUCAGUGAAUCCUAAACCGGAGCCCGCGGCCGCACAAUGGAAUGCUAUUGAUCCACAUGUUUUCAUAAGCCAAGAUGCAAAUGAGGAAUCGUCUGAAAAUAUUUGGGAUGGUUUUGAAGAUAACCGGCUUCCUGGUUUGGUUACGGUUUCUCAGGAGAAUCUCAAUACAGCAAAACCAGGUACCAGUACUACCACCGAGGUAUAUGUUCAAACCAGAGCUGGUGUGAUCCCUGGUUAUUAUGGUGAUCAAAUCCUAUCUUCUGGUUCGGUAUCGGUUUCUCCUGCCAUAUCUGGUUCGAACCAUCCCCGUUCGGCUCUACACUCAUCAGGUUCAGCUGUCUUAGAGGACUGGGAGAAGUUCCUUGAUGAUGAAACAAGUGAUUCUUGCUGGAAAAGUUUCUUAGAGUAA